GCUUCAUUCAUAGCGCAUAGACACAGAUGUCACAUUCAGGGUGUCUGUUUAUUUUGCUACAAAGUUACACGCCUAAACCUCAAGACAACCCAGUAAGAACUCAAACUAUUUAUUUAUCAAAGAGCUUGCAAGGUUCUACCAAGAUCAUGUAAAGUCAUCGCAGGUCAUCACAUAACAUUGACCGGGAGCUUCUGCAGAGGGUUCUGGGGAGGUUGCAUAAAAAUAUGAUGAAAAGUGUGGGAUUUCCAAGUUUACAUUUUUUUUUGCUUCACGUCCAAGAAUGACUGAGCAAACGUAUCUAUCACGAUGGAAAGAAACCCAGCCCACUGCCCUGCUGUCCCCUGCUGUCUGUGAUAGGGUCACAAGGAGCUUUGCUGCAGCCUGAGUGAAGACCCUUCUCUUGUCUCUCCUGACGCCUCUGUCUGCCCUGUGCCCACUCAGAUCAUAGCAAUGUGGGGGCUUCUCUCUUGUGCCCUACUGCUUCUCUUCAGCUUGGCUUUGAUGGGCUUCUUCGUUUAUUGCGGAUACAUCCAGUACAUUCACAUGAAAUAUGACCAUAUCCCGGGACCUCCCAGAGACAGCUUUUUGCUUGGACACAUGCCCUCAAUCCUUAAAGUGAUAAAGAACAACGAUCUCAUACAUAAUCUAUUUCUGGAGUGGGCAAAAAUAUAUGGUCCAGUAGUACGUUAUAACACUUUACACCAUGUGACCAUACUACUCACUACUCCAGAAGGAGUCAAGGAGGUUCUUCUGUCACCAAAGUACAGCAAGGAUGCCGCCUACAAUCGUGCCGUAAGUGUGUUUGGUGUAAGGUUGAUGGGUAAUGGUUUAGUAACGGAUCAAGACAAUGAACAUUGGAGAAAGCAGAGAAAUAUGAUAGAUCCUGCAUUUAGAAGAAAUUACUUGGUUGGACUAAUGGAACCUUUUAAUGAAAAAGCAGAGGCGCUAAUGAAAAAACUGUCAGAAAAAAUACGUUCAAACCGUAAAGUUAAGAUGCACGAUAUGAUGAGCAGAUUGGCACUGGAUGUUAUUGCCAAGGUGGCAUUUGGACUGGAGAUGGACUGUGUGAAUGAUGACCAGACACCUUUCCCACAAGCCAUACUGCUAGUUAUGAAAGGCCUGACCGAAUCACUAAAUCCUUGGGCAAAGUAUCUGCCAGGGAAGCAGGCUUUUAUUCGAGACGUCCAGAAAAGUGCUAGACUUAUCCGGCAAACCGGCAAAGAGUGCAUCGAGAGAAGACAGAGAGCCAUACAGAAAGGAGAAGAUGUUCCUGAGGAUAUACUGACCCGAAUACUCAACGCUGCAGAUCUGGAGGAAGACUGUAACCCAGAGAUUUUAGUUGAUAACUUUGUCACGUUUUUCAUUGGUGGGCAAGAAACAACUGCCAAUCACUUAGCGUUUUCAGUGAUGGAACUGGCACGAAACCCAGAGAUAUUGCAAAAGGCCCAGGCCGAAGUAGACAACGUUAUUGGCUCAAAAAGAAAUAUUGAGUAUGAAGACCUUGCAAACCUGCAAUACCUGUCCCAGGUGUUGAAGGAGGCAUUGAGGUUAUACCCCACAGCUCCUGCGACAUCACGGGCGGUGAGAGGGGAGCUAGUCAUUGGAGGAGUCAGAAUCCCCCCAAAUGUUACUGUGAUGCUUAACUCUUACGUAAUGGGAAGGAUGGAGCAGUUUUACCAGGACCCUCUCACCUUUAACCCGGACAGAUUCAGUCCAGAUUCAGCCAAGCCGUACUUCACAUAUUUUCCGUUUUCGCUGGGUCCCCGGUCAUGCAUCGGACAGACGUUUGCACAGAUGGAAUCUAAAGUGGUGAUGGCCAAACUACUGCAGAGAUUUGAUUUCCAGCUAGCGGGAGAACAGAGCUUUAAGCUGAUUGACACCGGGACCCUUCGCCCUAUGGAUGGGGUGAUCUGCACACUGGAACCCCGAACAAGCCAGAGAGGGACAGGGAAUUACUAGCAAGCUCUGUUAUCACAAUGGCAAAAGCUUGUCUAGGUCUUGGUAUCUGAAGAAAUACUGCCUAGCCUAUGCAUACAAUUAUUAUUACUAUACAAAGCACAAUCCUUCCUAAUCUAUUACCUUUUCACAUCCU